AUGGCUGAAGCUCAAGUCUUGCCUCCCCGUCAAGGCGAGCAGCAGCAAGGUGGCGGCGGCGGUAGUGGUUUCAGCUUCAACAAGCUUCUCCUCGGCGGCGCCAUCUACUUUGGCAUCAAUGCGGCCCUCAACUUGGCCUUGAAAAAGGACCAACGAGGAGUUACAGUCACCAAUCCCGAAACUGGUGAAGCCGUUACAGUCCCUGGGAACGUCGAGGGCAUUCCUCCUUUCCAGCUUCGCCCGAAGGAGCUCAACGAGGGCGCGACAUACCGUAAUAUCCCAAAGAACAUUGCGCCCAUCUGGCCUCAAGAUAGCCACGUCGAUAUCAUCGUAACGCUCUCCCAGUCGUUCAACCCAGCCCCUAUCUCGCAAGUUCCCGACAAAUAUCUUGUGCUGCAAGAGAAGGAGUUCCAUCUUAGCAAUAAGUCCGAUAAGCGAAUGAUUGAGACGAAGUUCACGGUUCCUCCAGCUGUCCAGCAUAAUGGUACCCUCUGGGGUCAUUUCUACAUUGGCCUUCCUGGAAGUAAUCUCGAUCCUAAGCAGCCCGGAUAUGAUACUUCCAAAGCCUACUACUUCACCUGGCCUCUAACACAAUACCUUCCCAAGAAGAAGGUUGCCAAGACUCGAAACUUGCUGGAGGAUAUCCCCAAACAUGAGGAGGAACCCGAAGAGGAGGAGCCCACUGGACCUAUUAUUGCGAACUAUUAUCAUCCUAAUGCAAGCUUGUCCUUCGUUCCCGAUCUGGGUGUCAAGGAUUUCGCCACGAUGGCUCCUCAGAUGCGACAAUACUUGCGCCUUGAGGCUACUGGUGCUCGAGAUGGCUCUGGUCAGCACGCCUGGUACUACCCUGUUCUGUUCGUCAACACUUUUUGGCAAUUGACAAACCAGAUGACCCUCCUCAACGACACCGUCAAGGAACUUCCCCUUCGUAUUGAUCUCGGUAACUUGGCCAGCUGGCAGUUCCAGCUCAUGUCUACACUUGAGACCAAUUCCAAGGAGUCUGCUCGACAGGCAGCAUUUGGUGGUUCGCUUCCUGGUGGCGGUGACGGCACCGAGAUCGAGAUGAUCAAGGAGGUGUUCCUCGACUCAAACCCAAUCUUGCUCGGUGUUACCAUUGUAGUCAGUAUCUUGCACAUGAUUCUCGAGACUCUGGCGUUCGGGUCCGAUAUUGCCCACUACCGCAAGAAGAAGGACAACGUCGGUAUCUCAGUCCGUUCGAUCCUGGCUAAUGUUUUCAUGCAAACUGUCAUCUUCCUGUACCUCCUCGACAACUCUCAGAACACUAGCUGGAUGAUCCUGGGAUCUCAGGUCGUCGGUAUAGUCAUUGAGUUCUGGAAGAUCACCACGGUUGUCAACGUUCGCAUUCGUCCUGGCGGACCAGGAUCUUUCCUCCCUUACACUAUCGCAUUCGAGGAUAAGCAAAAGUUGACUGAGACUGAAGAGAAGACCAAGGAGUACGAUGAGAUUGCUUUCAAAUACAUGUACAUUGCUGGCAUUCCUCUGCUGAUCGCAUAUGGCAUUUACUCUCUCUACUACGAUUCCCACAAGUCGUGGUACUCAUACAUCAUCACUACUUUGGUGGGAUCCGUCUACGCUUACGGUUUCUUGAUGAUGGUUCCCUCGCUGUACAUCAACUACCGACUGAAGAGUGUCGCCCAUAUGCCUGCCAAGGCUAUGAUGUACAAGUUCCUCAACACCUUCAUCGACGAUCUGUUUGCUUUUACCAUCAAGAUGCCUUUCUUGCACCGUUUGGCCACUCUUCGCGACGAUGUUAUCUUCUUCGUGUAUCUUUACCAACGAUGGGCUUACCGCAUCGAUUACAGCCGUGUCAACGAGUUUGGCCAGGGUGGUGAGGACGAGGCAGUUGACGACAAAGAGGCCAAGGAAAAGGCCAAGGACAAACUGGUUGAGGAUGUCAAGGCCGAAGCCAAGACAAGUAGCGCGGAUACUGGUAAGGCCAAGAAGCGGAAGUGA